CUCAUGUCGAAAUUGCUGGCAACGUUCAUGGGCCGUCUGCAUCGCCCGAACCUCCUUCAAGCCCAAGGCUACAUUGGCGGGCGUUGGGUAAAUGCUGUCUCGGGUGCAACUUACGACAUUCAGAACCCAUCGACUGGUGCCAACGUGGGCAGCAUUGCUGCCAUGGACGUGGUCGACACGGAAGCUGCGGUCGCGGCCGCGGGUGACGCGUUGGCGUCAUGGAAGUCUCGCACGCCGUUUGAACGCUCCGGUGUGUUGCAGAAAUGGGACCGGUUGUUGCGCGACAACACGAAUGACUUGGCGUUCAUCAUGGCCACCGAAAGCGGCAAGCCGCUGGCCGAAGCCGCGGGGGAAGUCGCGUACGCCGCCGACUACUUGCGCUUCUUCGCCCACGAAUGUCUUCGGCACGAAGGGUUUCUCGUCCCCAGCCAUCUUCCCGGCCGUCGGUUGAUGGCGAUGCGGCAACCCGUUGGUGUGUGUGCAAUGAUUACUCCGUGGAACUUCCCCAUUGGGAUGCUGGCCCGGAAGGUGGCACCCGCGCUGGCCGCGGGGUGCACGGCGGUGGUGAAACCGGCAGGCACGACGCCACUGUCGGCCCUGGCCUUCGCCAAACUUGGCCACGAUGCCGGGGUGCCGGACGGAGUGCUCAACAUCGUGCCAGCAGCUCACGAAGCGGCGCCACGCAUCGGACGCGCCCUGGCCACCCAUCCCACGGUACGCAAGUUAUCGUUCACGGGCUCGACGUCAGUGGGCAAGUUGCUGGCAGCGCAAUGCGCCACCACCAUGAAGCGCGUGUCGAUGGAGUUGGGGGGCAACGCGCCGUUCAUUGUCUUUGACGACGCCAACAUGGACGAAGCCAUUGACGGGUUGAUCCAGGCCAAGUUUCGCAACACGGGGCAGACGUGCGUGUGCCCCAAUCGCGUGUUUGUCCAAGCCACCAUCCUGCAGAAGUUCACUGGCCGACUGGUCGACCGCGUGCUGGAUCUCACGCUCGGAGAUGCGGUGUCGUCGGGUUGUCACUUGGGGCCGUUGAUCACGUCGGCGGCGGUGGACAAGGUGAUGGGGUUGGUGGGGCAAGCGGUGCGAGCGGGGGCGCAGGUGCUGGUGGGGGGUCGUCCGCAUCUAGCCCUCGGGCCCAACUACAUGCAGGCCACGGUCCUUGCCAAGGUGACGAUAGACAUGCACAUCGCCAACGAAGAAGUAUUUGGCCCGGUGGUGCCGCUCCUGGCGUUUGAAACAGAAUCCGACGUGAUUGAUAUGGCCAACGCCACGGACAUGGGGCUCGCGGCGUAUUGCUUCACGUCGGACCUGGGACGCGCGUGGCGCAUGUCGGAAGCGCUGGAAGCCGGCAUGGUGGGCAUCAAUGCCGGAGUGAUUUCGGCGGUGCAGGCGCCGUUUGGCGGCAUCAAGCAGUCUGGACAAGGCCGCGAAGGGUCAAUUGUGGGGCUGGACGACUACACGGAGCUGAAGUACGUGGCCAUGGCCGGGCUGAGUUGAGUGGGGUUGGAGUUUCUCUAACAGACGAGUAACUUGGACGGGUUGAAUGUUUGAAGGACAAGUCAGUAAUAUGACCGAUAUUGUAUAUGGUGUA